CUUCCCUGCAACAGGCCGCGACGCUCGGCAUGUAAAGACGCACCUGGAUAACUACAAGCUGCUCGACUUCUCGCCGCUGCUCAACACCGCCUCGUACGUCAACGUGGUCGCCGAGAGGGAGGAGGAGGAGGUGGCGCUCUCCGGUCUCAAGGUCAACAUCGCCGAUCAGACCAUCUACCCGGGCUCGUUCAAGCUGCACAACGACGCGCUCAACAUGCUUGGCGACCUGUGGCAUCUCCCCAAGAGCGCCUCCUUCGACGAGUACGGCUGCCAUGCCGGCGCGUGCACCGUCGGGUCGACCGAGGCGUGCCUCCUCGCCGGCCUGGCGCUGAAGUUCCGGUGGCGCAAGUGGUACGCAGCCAGGCACGGGCUGAGCGAGGCGGAGGUGCGGAGCGUGUACCCGAACCUGGUCAUCUCGACCAUGUACCAGGCCUGCUGGGAGAAGCUGUUCAAGUACAUGGACAUAGAGCCCCACUUUGUCUCGCCCAAGGUGGGCGAGAUGGUGCUUCGCCCUGAGGACGUGCGUGCGGCGGUGGACGACAAGACCAUCGGAGUGGUCUGCAUCCUCGGCAACCACUACUCUGGACACUACGACCCGGUGGCGAGCGUGGGCGAGGUGCUGGGCGAGCUCAACCGGGCGAACGGGUGGCAGGUGGGCAUUCACGUGGACGCGGCGAGCGGCGGCUUCGUCAUGCCCUUCCAGCCGGAGGAAGAGGUGGGGCUCUGCGACUUUCGAGUGCCAGCGGUGCUCUCGAUGUCUGCCUCGGGCCACAAGUUUGGCGUGUCGAUGUGCGGCACGGGAUGGGUGCUCUGGCGCGACCGCGACGACCUCUCGGAGCACAUCGCAAUCUCGGUCUCGUACCUCGGCGGCAAGGCGGACAGCUACACCCUCAACUUCUCGCGGCCCGCGUCGGGCUCGGCCGUGCAGAUGUACAAGUUCCUGCGGCUGGGUCGCGACGGCUACACCAAGCUGUGCGCCUCUCAGAUGGCGGUCGCCGCCAUGAUCCGCAGAGGGUUGGCCGAGAUGCUGCAUACGCCGACGGGCCGGCCGCUCUUCACACUGCUGGACGCCGGCGACAAGGGGUGCCUCCCGGUGGUCGCCGCGCAGUUCAACAAGGAGCUCGGUUUGCCGUACGAUUCGACGGACCUGCAGCAUGUCCUCUCGGAGCGUCACUGGUACGUCGGAGGCUAUCACAUGAAUUUCAAUCACCCUCUCACCGAGGAGAAGACACCGCUCUUCUCGGACGCGGACGCCGACGUGGCCAUGUUCCGCGUGGUCGUCAAGGCCAACCUGAGCCCGAUGCUUGCCCGCGACCUGAUUGCGGCGGUCCGCGAGACGUGCGAUUUCCUCGAGCGCACCGGUGAGGCGUACCAGAAGCUGCACGCGGGCGCAAAGAGCCAGCCGUUCUCGUCGCACUGAUGCCGCGCUCGCUGGCCGCGGCGGUCUUACUAGUCAGUCUAAAUAGAGAUAGCUGAUUGCUGAUAUAGGAAGGGCUGAGAGGAGAUUCAGAUUGGGAGGAGGGGCCACUUCACCGCCUUGGUUGUACUACGAGAGAGUCGUUGGGGUCUAGGAGAUAGAGAGUGCUGCACGUGCGUCCAUUAAGCACGAGCUAAUCUACAAAUCGAGUUUCGAGUCAA